AUCAGCUGCGGACUUCGCGAAAAUUUGUUUACCCCUCGGAAAAAUAAAGAAUUUCGCUAAAAAGUCGGAAUGAACGAGUUUAAAGUGCCCGCUCCACUCCCAAAACCCAAGGUGAUCAUCACGGAGAAGCCGCGCUCCGAAGUUCCUGCAGAACCACCGCCUCCGCCGCCAAAAAUACCAAAAGCCCCCAAAUCUUCGCCAGCUGCCGUCUGUCCGUACAAGGUGCCUAGGUGGUCGGCUCCUCCAGCCGCCGAUCAGAAUUAUAGCUUUGAAGUCCUUAAGUCCGGUCAGAUCAUUGACACCGUGCGUCAGUUGCAGCAACAAGCGAUUUGGACUUUUGGUCGCCUGCCGGAAAACGAUGUUCCCGCCGCUCAUCCGACAAUCUCACGCUUCCAUGUGGUCCUGCAAUAUAAGCCAAAGGAACUGCCAAAGAUGGACGUUGAGGAUGUAGAGGAAGAGGCAGAAGAUACAGAAGAUUCAGCCAGGAACGAACAACCAGAGGGAUGGUACAUCUAUGACAUGGGCAGCACACACGGCACCUUUUUGAAUAAACAGCGAGUACCCCCCAAAGUUUAUAUCCGGAUGCGUGUUGGGCACAUGCUCAAGCUGGGCGGUAGCACCCGCGUUUACAUCCUACAGGGUCCCGGCGAUGAUGAGGAACCUGAGUCGGAUAUGUCCGUCACAGAACUGCGGCAAAAAAGAGAGAAGGAACUAGCCGACGCAGCGGUUGAAAGAGAAAUACGUCUUUUGGAGGCGGAGGAGCGAGAACGCAACGAAGGCGUCAGCUGGGGUAUGGGCGAUGAUGCUGACGAAGAGACGGAUCUCAGUCACAAUCCCUACGCCAGCACCAACAACGAAGACCUCUUCUUUGAUGACCCAAAGAAAACGUUGCGCGGUUUCUUCGAGCGGGAGGGUCUUAAUCUGGAAUACAGGUGCGAUGAACUGUCUACUGGUUCCUUUGUCUGCCGGGUUGAACUGCCACUCGACGACUCCAAUGGUAGGCCAAUCAUUGUGGAGGUAAACCACAAGGGGCGCAAGAAGGACUGUGUGGUACAAUGCGCCCUAGAGGCAUGUCGCACGCUGGACAGGCACGGUGUUCUGCGCCAGGCUAACCAAGAGGCGCAAAAAAGAAAGAUUCUUAAGAAAGGAGACUCUGACGACGAGGAUGAGUUUUGGGAUCGCACUGGAGACAUAGCCCGCAAGAAACAGCGCAAGGAAAACGCGGGAUCUAGUGUUACCCUUACCUAUGAGGAUUUGCUGAAACAGGAGGUUGAUCUCAACUUAGAAAUGGAAAGGGUGGAACAGGAGAUCGCAGCUUACCAACAGAAGGAGAAAAAGCUAAAGGAGCUCGCCGCAAAGCAGCAAGCUGAAGGCGAUGAUCUGGACAACUUCAUGAACAUUCUUAAUGAAGAUGUUGAGCAACUGGACAAAACGGAAAUCAAAAAGCUAAGGUUGGAGCAGCAACGACUCAAGGGCGAACAGCAAAAAGUGAAACGUCUCUUGAAGAUAGCCAAGCCAACGGCUCUGCCAUUCACCGCAAGCUUUGCUGCAGCCACCAAGGAAUCAACAGCUCUGGAGGGCGGUGUAGUCAGGAAGCAGCUUCCUAUGAUUGGCAAGAGAAAUCAGUUUAGCAAAUUCAAGGUGGUUAAAGCGCCACCAAGCACACAAACUAAGUCUCAAUCGAAUGCAUUUGCCUCAGAUGAAGAGGAAGUCGAGGAGGAAGAGUCCAAGGGAGAAAUGAAGGAAAAGGAGGUGGACAAUUUGGAGAAGAAGCCGAAACCGGAAACUAUGGCCAAGCCAUCGCCUUCAGAGAAUCACAACUCGCAGGAAAGUGAACCUCCUACCCAAGCGGAAGAGAGCAAACCAACAAAUGCUGAACCGGAAGUCUUAAAACCAGACAACGUGAUGUCAACAAAAGUUUCAGCGGAAGCGUCAACAGCUCCAAGCGACACUGUUGCUUCAACUACGCCAGCAAAAGACUCCAGCACCCCAGUACACGACACUCCAGAUGAAGGAGCAGAGGAAGCGCAGAAAAAGCGACGCCAACGCCAAAGACAGCGAAACAAACAGCGCCAGGAUGUGGACAUGGACCUGGACGAGCUGGCUGAGCACGAAGACAGUGAGAAGUACGCCAAGUGGGUGCCACCAUCUAACCAGAGCGGUGAUGGCAUCACCCACCUGAACGAUAAGUUUGGCUACUAGCUCAGCGGUAGUGUUAAAACAUUUAAAAUAUUCCAUUUAGGAAUACUUUUAAACUAGUCUAGACUUGUAAUUGAUGUAUUCUCUAAGACCCUCUCAAUGUAACUUUGUAAAUGUUAAACCCUUGAA